CUAUGCUAUCGUCAGCGCUGCUCCAAGGGUGACGCCAAUUGCAACUUUCUUCACGUUUUUUUAAACCCUGGUGAGUCUGUUAGCCAGUUGCACGAUGCCCUGCGUCAUAACCGUGGUGCGAUCUAUCAACGUGAACCUUCUCCCAGCCAUGCCGAACAAAUGCAUGCGCAUCGCUUUGCCACUGAUAUUUCGUCCUCGCGAUUCCAGCUUGCCUUAUCUACCUCAUCAAGACAUCAUGGCCAACGGCACCGUCGCUCCCGACGUCGACACUUUCGUCGAGACUAUUCUAGUUAUGAGAGAAGCGAUGAGGAUGAGAAGAUUUUUGAGAUGAGACGUCAUUCACGAAGAACGCCAUCUUUAUUGAGCCAGACCAGAACCAGGCGACGUUGCGAUCGGACUCGGAGUCGCGAACCCAUUCGGCGCAGACGUGAAAGCCGAGAGCGUCCAGCUCGUGGUCGCGUUGAUACUAUGAACAGUUCAAAUGGUAGCUCGAACUCUGGAAGCAGUGAUCAAAGCCGCCUGAGUCACCCUACAAAGCAUCAGCGUAUCAAAAUUACCAAGGAUAAUGAGCCAGAACGAUGUAGGAUGACGAUUCGGCUGCAUAGGCGACACAGAAAAAGGGAUAUCGAAGAAGCUUUAGCUUCUUUUGACGAUCGCAAAGAUGAUCUCCAUUCCGAAUUCGGGCCAAAUAUAGUAAAACGACCGGAACCCUGCUCCUGGAUAAGUUCCGACGAUAAUCCUUCGUAUCCAGAUAGAGACCAAGUAGAGUGUCUUAGUUUCAUUGUUAUAAAUUGCAAGCAUACUCUUAAUUUAGGAGCAAAUCGCCGUUUUUAUAUCUAG